ACAGAAGACUGUACGCGCGUUGCACUUUAUCCAAGCUCGUUGAUACUAUCGCUGUUGGUCGCAUGUACGGGGCGACCCAUUCCGCUGCUGAUGCAAAGUUUUGAUACAUCACAGCAGCCCUUGCACUUGUAUGCUGUAAGUAAUGGCUUGCAUAUUAGGCACCAAUGCAUCAUUAUCCUGAGGGGAUGGCAGACACCUACCAUUCCUGGUGAGACAUAACUUUCUUGGGUCCAUAAUUGCUUACUAGGUACCUCAUUGGUUCAUUGCGAAUCGACAGAGGAUUAUUACCUGAUGGCAAUUGUGACCACAUCGGUCGCACACCAUGGCGCGGGCAAAAAUCUAUUAUUUUAAGCAUUUCUACUCAUUAGGGAUCUGACAUCCUAGAGUUUCUAAUAACAAAGACUGAAUUAUUCAUCGAAAGGAUUUAAAGCUUCUUCCGCCAUAGAUAUUUAUCAUGGCACAGGAUAGAUGCUGGUUUGUCCUUCGACAAGCACAUUAUCCCGCCCCCAAAUAUGCAACGCCUAACAUGGCCCGAGGAAAGGCAGAGGGGCCUAUACAACUAGGUCACAUCAUUCCACGGCUCAAAGACAUAGAUCAAGUCAUCAACUCUUCCGGGCCCAACCCGCUGCCCAGAGAUGUGCGAAUUUGGCCGACGGUUGACAAGAACUUCAACUGGGCUGAGACUCGAGAUUCAGAGACGAAUGCCAAGACUGCGGCUGACAUCCCACUUCUUUCAGCGCCAGGCUUGUCGGCUCAAGGGGAUAUACAGCUCGCCUUCAAGAAGACCGUCAAUAACUUUGCACAGUUCGACAAACUGGAUAGGCAGAUCAUUCAGCCUACAAAGACGUACAUUGAUCAGAGUCUGAGAUCACCCCAAGUCUCAGAUUACAUCGAAGAACACAAGUCAUCGAUCCUUGAGUUAUCCGCGUGGAAGCUUUACAUGAUAUCCGGCAUCAUGAUUGCGAGAGGUGGAAGGACGGAACGCGCUGAAACAAAGCACUCUCGGGCCAACAUAGGGCCAAAAAUAGCUAUCUCUGAGCUAGCCACUACGGAGGCAACAAUCCAGUCAUCGUCGUCCAACAGCUCCUCUAUGACAGGAGAGCACGUCACAGACUUUGUGUGGGCAGUACGUCUUACGGAGAUCAAGAAACCACUUUUAGGGACCCAUACACAGCAAAAGACCGUCACCAAAGGGGCUACAUUCGGAGUAGGGUCUAGUGAGGUCGAUGUGGAAAAGGUCAUGUCAGACAUAGAGGACCAUGACCUAGAAGUAGUGAAGCACGUGGCAUCAGACAAUGAGGAAUCAUUGCUUCUAUUCAUUCCUGUAUAGCGUCUUGGUGAUCAGAGGGCUGACGGAAAAGGAUAUGUGUCCCAGUCCUCUUGGAUAUGUACCUCAAGUACGGUCGACAGUUACGCGCAAGUCAGACCAUUGUAAUGUAUCAUUUCUCAUUACGUUUGUUAUCGAGGUAUCUAUAGCAUACAGGUCAUUGCCGUAACCAUGUGACUAGAUCCCUACGGAGUGACUCUCUGAUCCGUUGUUUAUCCCCUAAAUCCUCCCAGUCGUUCUGAUUUAUUACUCGUUGCCUGUCGGGUAAUGAUGUUAUAAGAUUCCAUGGGCAUAUACAAUCGAAACCAAGAUCGUGAAUAGAAAUCUUGGAAAAGACUUCUCUCAUCCCCGAUUGUCUCGAAAGGAAUCUAAACGUUGGCAAAUAUUCGACGUGAUCUGACUGGCGUGAAAAGUCUAGUAGACUCGCGGCAAAGCCGGAAGCAAUCGCCGUGGAGAAGGAUGUGCCUUUCCCGAGCUCCCCGCUGGCUAAUUUGAUAUCCUCUCCCAAAAUCGCAAAGUUGUUGCUUCCUUUUCUCUUUUCUGGGUUGAU